UGCAAUGCGUUUACUUUUAAUUUUCACUUUGACGAAACCCUUCUCCCAAUUCAAUUCUCGUUGGUAUAUAUAUUUACAGAGAGCUACCCAAACUUCAGCGAAAGAUUUCCGCACGGCUCCAAACAAACAAUUUAAACUAGCAAUUUGGAUCUGGGUAUAUAGAGAGACAAUGAAAGGAAUAGACAUUGAGGUAACUGUGCCCAGCUAUCUGAGAUGCCCCAUCUCCCUGGAGCUCAUGAGGGAUCCUGUUACUCUCUGCACCGGCCUUACUUAUGAUCGCCACAGCAUUGAGACCUGGUUAGAUGCAGGCAACAAUGUCUGCCCCGUUACAAAUCAGAUUCUGCAUACUCAGGACACAAUCCCAAAUCACACUCUCCGUCGAAUUAUUCAGGAUUGGUGUGUGGCCAACACUGGGCGAGGGGUACACAGAAUUCCUACGCCCAAAGCGCCUCUCGAUCCGGCCCACCUCAAUGCAAUUCUCGCACAGAUUGCGUCCGGCGAGAAAGAAUCCAUAGGGAAAUUGAAGCGAUUGGGCAGGGAAAGUAAUAGGAACAAAAAAUGCAUCGCCUCCUCAAAUGCAUCCUCUGUUCUCGCAUCCCUUUUUGCCAAGCACAGCGCUCAGGCUAUGAAUCGGUCGCAACAGUCGGUAGAGAUUUGCGAAGAGGCUCUCGAGGCUCUUACUAUGACUCUGCCCCUGACUUCCCAGGCCUUGGAUUCGCUUGCCUUGUCCGAUGCCAUUGCUUGUCUUGUAUGCAAUCUCCGAGAGGGCAAUCCCGAGGCAAAGAACAGCGCUGCUACAAUUCUUCGGGAAAUGGUUUCCAAGGAUAAAUACAGAGACAUGAUUGGAAAAAGAGAAGGAUUGGUAGAGGGUUUGGUGCAGAUUCUGAGAGAACCCAUAUGCCCAGCCGCCACAAAAUCAAGCCUGUUCAUCAUAUACAACAUUGCCAUGAGGCAAAGAUACAGGAACAGGGUCGCGGGGGCAGGGGCUGUUCCAUUGCUGGUGGAGAUGCUUGUAGACGGAGAUCGGAGCAUUUGUGAGAAGGCAUUGUUGGUACUGGAUACCCUUUGCUGUUGUACGGAGGGCCGAGCAGCUGCUUCUGCGCAUGCUUUGACUCUACCAGUGAUUGUUAAGAAGAUGUUGAGAGUGUCUGAGUCAGCUACCGAGUUAGCAGUCUCUGUUUUGUGGAGUAUUUGCCAGAAUUCCUGUGAUGGGGAGGCCGUGCGGGAGGCGUUGCACGCUGGUGCCUUCAACAAGUUGCUGUUGAUAGUGCAGUUGGGAUGCUCUGAGGAAACGAGAGAUAAAUCAAUCAAGUUACUCAAGCUUUCCAAAGCCUACACGAAUGAUUGGGAAUGUGCAGAGACACUCCAUUUGCAUCAUGUCAAGGGCUUCUUCUAAAUCAAGUAAUCUGGCGACCAAUGGAGUAACUGCGUAAUUUAAUAGGGGUUCUUUUGAAAACCAUCGAAUUGAUCUAUUUGCAAAAUUUCCAUAUUUAUGCAUUACCAUCGAUAAAAACCAGUAGCUUUGGAAACGGGGGAGAAAAGUAUAGACCAAAAAUCUCCGAAAGUUCACAUAAAACCCACGUUUGCACGUCAUAAGCCAACUGUUUAAAUCAUAUGUAUGAUUUAUUAUUAGUUUAAGGUGACGUCAUUUGUAUUGUCUAGUUAUGAGUC